GCGAUUUUUCUCUUCUUCUUUUUUUUUCUUUUUUUUUUCAAACAAAAAUUAAACCACGUUUGAGUAUCUGGUUCUUGUUGCGUUGGCUUUAAAGCUGGUGUUUUUGAGAACAAAACGGUGAUUUGAUUCUCAAGCCUUUUGUGUUUGGGUUUGGUUUGGGAUUCAGUGUACUGUUGGUUUACUGUUAGUUGGUGACCACUAACCUGUGCAAGGACUCGAAUCUUCAGGAGUUCCUAUUGCUUCGGGUACGGGUUUUGGGGUUUCUUCUUUGGCUGAGGGCGGUGUCUAAGGAGUUGACGAUGAUGGUGGUUUCUGUGGUUUCUGGGCAGUCGAACAAUUAGGAUUGGCGCAGAAGAUGUGGGAACAGCAAGCGUGAUGCCGAGCUUCGAUUCUCAAUUACCCAUUUCUAAUGCGCCUUGUACCGAGGGAAAUGCAAUCCAUUCUUUUCGUGUUUCUGAUUUCGGGGCAUUCGAGCAAUCGAUUGGAUUUCGCUUAGAGGAUGCUGUUGACCUGACUGGAAAUACCGUGCUUAGUUCUACAAAAGUAAGUGGGCAAGUAGUUGCUUCCAAUCCCCUUCAUAUUGGCACCUUUGAUAAGUCGCUGAGUUCAGUUGAUAUAAAUUCAUCUGCCUUCCGCGUGGAGCGCCAGAGGUUGCAUUUAGAAAAGGGUCAAUCAUCAAAUCUUGUUUCUAUAUCAAGUGGUCAUAUAGAGAACUGGGAAGAGUCUGCCAUGGCUGAUGCGAGUCCUAGGACUGAUAUAUCAACCGAUGUGGAUACAGAUGAUAAGAAUAACAGGUUUGAUAGAGCCAUUGCUAAUGUGGCAUCUGAUUCCAGUGACAGAUCAAAGGAUAAAUCGGAUCAGAAGACUCUCCGCAGGCUUGCUCAAAAUCGGGAGGCUGCAAGAAAAAGCCGAUUGAGGAAAAAAGCGUAUGUCCAACAGCUGGAGAGUAGCCGUUUGAAGCUGACCCAACUAGAGCAGGAGCUUCAACGAGCAAGACAGCAGGGAAUCUUCAUAUCAAGCUCAGGAGACCAAGCCCAUUCAAUGAGUGGAAACGGGGCCAUGGCAUUCGAUGUGGAAUAUGCACGAUGGCUGGAAGAGCAAAAUCGACAAAUUAAUGAACUGAGAUCAGCAGUUAAUUCUCAUGCAAGUGAUGCAGAACUACGUAUCAUUGUUGAUAAUAUCUUGGCACACUAUGAUGAGAUUUUUAGGCUGAAGGGCAUUGCAGCCAAGGCUGAUGUUUUCCAUUUGUUGUCUGGCAUGUGGAAAACACCUGCAGAGAGGUGUUUCUUGUGGCUUGGUGGUUUCCGUUCAUCUGAGCUUCUGAAGCUUCUUGCAAAUCAUUUGGAGCCUCUGACAGAGCAGCAACUGGUGGGCAUUAACAACUUGCAGCAGUCAUCCCAACAAGCGGAAGAUGCAUUAUCUCAAGGGAUGGAGGCAUUGCAACAAUCCCUGUCUGAGACAUUGACAAGUGGAUCUCUUGGUUCCUCAGGUUCAUCUGGGAAUGUGGCAAACUACAUGGGUCAAAUGGCCAUGGCCAUGGGUAAACUAGGGACCCUUGAGGGGUUCAUUCGCCAGGCUGACAAUCUCCGGCAACAAACAUUGCAACAAAUGCACCGUAUAUUGACAACACGCCAGUCAGCUCGUGCUCUUCUUGCGAUACAUGACUAUUUUUCCCGGCUACGAGCUCUUAGUUCCCUCUGGCUUGCCCGCCCAAGGGAGUGAACGCCCUUCUCUUCCCCAAAGCUGACUGAUAGAACUAUGGAUCCUGAAAAUGAAAAAGAAUCUCACUGCAAAAUUGACCCUCCGAUCCAGUCUCCGUAUACUUGGUCAUGAUUACAGUUUUCCUUCUCUAGAAAUUUCUUGUGUUGUAGUCUUAGAAUUCGAGUGUAUCGUUGGUAUCAGUAUUGCUUUGUCCGUCAUGUUAAGUCAUUUGUAUGAUCUAGAAACGAUAUUGUCAAUGAGCUACAUGUAUCUUGUUUGCUAUCAAUAAUAAUGCUAUUAUUUA